ACGAGUCCAGAUGCAGUUGUCACUCCGGAUGGACGGGAGAGGAUUGCGAUCAACCGACCAAGUGCGUCAUAACGAUGGCUUAUAAUGAAGCUAAGAAGAGAGUCUUGCUUCAUUUUGCAAAUAGCGAAAUCAGGCGAGCUUACGAAGGUGCACCGUAUUGUUAUCAAUGCGACAAUUUUUUGGACAACAAUACAGUGUGCUAUGUGAUGCAAAAUUAUGAACGCAAUUUGACUGUCAGCUGUUUUCUUAAUACAGAUUUGCCUUGUUACGCGAUGUCUCGUUCAAACACCUUGAGUAAUGUUACCAUAAUAGUUUGGCCUUUCGUGAUUCUCGCUAUAUUAUUAGUUAUAGGUCUGAUAGUGGCAGGAUAUUUCAUGUAUCGCAAACGUCAAAAGAAGAAAUUGGCUACAGCAGGUACAUCGACAAACAUUUUUGUGCGAGAAUCUCUCGCUACCGAGAUUUUGUUGCCUAACAUCUAACUUUAAAGGAGACAUCAG